AUGGCUACGUCGAGAGACUUCUGUCCAGAGUGGACUCCGAGCCAGCCGUAUGCCAGUCGUAGUCCUGGGUGCUUCGACAUGUGGUUGACAUUCAACGAGGCCGGGCGACCAGAGAUGCCCAAGCAAAUCACCACUCCCGAGUCUGUACCAACACGAUGCCCAUCCUUGAUAUAUUCGCCGCAAGGGCAGAUCCCUGUAGUAGGCGAGCUCAUCUUCGAGGGAUUGGUGUCGAAGGAUAGAGGAGUGCGGAGGAGGGAUCAGAAUCGAGCAUCGCAACGAAGAUAUCGUGACCGACAGAGGCGGCGUCUUGACGAGCUGCAGCAAGAGAUUGACGACCUGAAAGCCUUGUGCAUGCAGCUGGAGAAGGAGAACAAGACCCUGACGAUGGACUAUCAGGAGCGGUGGAACAGGUUGUUGAUGGAUCUGAAGAACGAAUUGGAAAAUCCAGAGGCCCCGAGCCCGCAGCAAGAGUCCAUCGGCUGGAUGUUGAAGCAUGCAUAUGGGUCAGAGGAGGCGAACAACGCUCAAUUCUCGGUGUAUCCACUGGGUUCGACAGAGACGACCGGAGGACCCAGUACCUGA